AUGAGAACUACCGAUAGCCUACAACCUUCUGAUAGGUACCCCAAACGCCACUACAUUACCAGCGUUGACUCGAGGGAAGGAAGUGUUAUAUUUGAUGCGGCGGCCCCUGAGAUUGUCCGCCAAUCUUUCAGUAUCUUCCCUUUAUACAGUGUACGACAAGCACCAGCAGAGCUAGAGCAGGACGAAAAUCUCGAUCAAUCCUUCCGUCAAGUGAAGCAUGAGCCUUUCGCGGCUGAUGAGAAUGGUCAGCCCUUGGUCCAAUUUGUCGAGGGUGUGCUUGACCCACUUUCCAGUACUGGCACGCAUCGAUCUUUAACGAUUGAUUUCAUCACGAUCACCCAGGGAUCGGUCAUCCUUGAGUUUGAGAACGGAGUCGAGAAAAUAAUUGGAACUGGUGUAUGA